AUGGUCUCCUGUUAUGACCCUCAGGUGGAAUGCGAUGAUGAUAAGUUGAGUUUCUGGAGGGACUUGGACAGUGUUGUGCAGGGGAUAGAAGAUGGUGAGAGAAUAGUGAUUGCAGGGGAUCUGAACGGACACGUAGGCUGGAGUGGUGUCGGGUAUGAAGGUGUACAUGGUGGACAUGGUAUCGGCAAUGUUAACCAAGAAGGUAUGGCAAUAUUGGACUUUGCAACCGCAUAUGAAAUGAAGUUGGUAAAUACCAUGUUCACUAAGAUUCCAAACCACCUGGUGACUUGCAAUAGUGGAGGCCACCAAAGUCAAAUAGACUACAUAAUGGUCCAAAAGAAGUUUGUUAAGGAAGUAAUUGACUGUAAAACGCUGCCAUUGGAGCAAGUCAAAGUGCAGCACAGAACAUUGAUUGUAGCAAGAGAACAAAGAAAAACAAUGGAUGAUUUAUAUGAGAAUUUGAACUCCACAGAGGGACAAAAAGACAUCUUUAAAAUUGCAGCAGAAAGGGACAAGAAGACGAAAGUAGUGACAGUUAAGAGCAAAGAUGGAAGGAUACUAAAGGAUAAGGAGAAUAUCAAGAACAGAUGGAAGUCGUAUUUCGAAGAGCUUUACAAUGAGGAAAAUGAGAGGGUACAGACAGAGAACACGGCACCAGUGCAGGGCCCCUUUAGAGAGAUAACAUCAGAGGAAUUGAAAGGUGCAUUGAAGAGAAUGAAGAACAACAAGGCUUGUGGCCAGAUGGGUUUCCAGUGGAGGUUUGGAAGGUGCCGGGAGAUAGAGUCACACCUUGGAUUCCUACCAGGAAAAGGAACAACAGACGCCAAUUUCAUGCUGAAACAAGUGAUGGAGAAGUACAGAGAAGGCAGGGGAAAUCUGCACUUAGUCUUUAUAUACUUAGAAAAAGCUUACGAUAGGGUUCCACGUGUUGAAAUUUGGAGGAGCCUCAGACUGAAAGGAGGGCCAGAAUAUAUUGUUAAGAGCAUCAAGGACAUGUACCAAAAUUCCACCACGACGGUAAGGUCUGCAGCUGGAGAAACAGACCCCUUUGAAGUCAGAGUUGCCCUCCACCAAGGAAGUGCUUUGAGUCCGUUCCUUUUUGUCAACCUCUUGGACGUCCUGACCGAUGAACUUCACCUGGAGCUACCCUGUGGCAUUAUAUAUGCCGACGAUGUCAUGAUUUGCAUGGCCGACACAGAGGAACUGAAACAGAAGUUAGAGGGUUGGAGAGAGAAGUUAGAGGAUAGAGGAUUCAGGAUCAGCAGACUGAAGACGGAAUGCAUGAUAUGCUACUUCGGAGAGGUGGAUGAGCAGGAGGUGGAUUUGGAAAUAGACGUAGCGGUACUCAGAGAGACUUAUAUCUUCACGUACCUAGGGUCUAUGGUGUAG